AUGAAUGUCACACAAGGCGGCAAGUGGUUCAGUAGCUGUCCCGACAACGCAUUCCAGAUGGUGUUGAAGGGCCAGACGCCGCCUGCCCUUGCUCAGCGUGUUGGAGCUCUCUUCAAGCCGAUGCCACAGUUGUUCGUUGUCGGAUUCAUCGCAGCAGCCGGAGGAUACGCCUACACGGCAGCCUCGGUUGCUCUCAGGAAGUGGCUCGAUCCCAGCUCGACCGGAGGGGCUUCGCUUCCUCCCGAUGCCAUUGCCAAGAUCUCCGUGGCCAUUGGCGCGUACGUGGCAGUGUCGACGAACUGGAGAUACCAGGUAGUUGCUGGAGUCUUCGAGGCAAGAAUGUUCGACGUCUUGUUCGCCAAGCAGAUCGCUCUGCGAUCGGCAGGCUCGACGCUUGUUCGGACGGCAAACACGUACCUCGGCUCGUACUGGAUCGUUUCUUACCUAAGGGCCCUCGACUUGCAGAAGAUCGAUGGAUGA